AUGUACGGCUGGCGACCAUUUACGCUCAUUCUACUCGCAACAGUCUACGCUACGGGUGCUUGUGCCCAAACCACCACCACUUCGCCCCGAACGUCAACUACAUCGACCAGUACAGGACUAGCAAUUCUGUUUACAUUUACACCAGGCUCUGGAAACUCGACGAGCGCAACCGCGACAAACGGCACGAGUACUCGAACGUCUACGCGGGCUUCAAACGUGACGGCGGCGGCGGACACAAAUGCCAUAGAUCCAUCGACAGCAAUUCCAUCCGAGUUUCCGAGCAAUGGAGCGCUACCAAUGCUCGCCGUCACCACCUCGCAGCUCGUCACCGCCGCUGGCUUGCUCGGUCUGGUCGCGCUGAAUGCAUAG